AUGGCGGCGGCGGCGACAGCGCUGCUGCUGCGCCGGCAGCGGCGGGCGGGUGGCGGCUCUGCUGCGCUGUGGCGGCUCCUGCGCCGCCAGCGCAGCACUUUCGACGUGGCCGUGGUCGGCGCAGGGAUCGUGGGGCUGGCGGUGGCCCGGGAGCUCGUCCUGCGCCACCCCUCGCUCACCUUCGCCGUGCUGGAGAAGGAGAAGGAGCUGGCUCAUCACCAGAGUGGACAUAACAGCGGUGUGAUUCACAGUGGAAUUUACUACACGCCGGGAUCUCUGAAAGCUAAGCUGUGUGUACAGGGGGCAGCCCUCUGCUACAAGUACUGUGACCAGAAAGGAAUACCGUAUAAACGGUGUGGGAAGCUAAUUGUAGCCGUUGAACAAGAUGAAAUUCCAAGACUCAAAGCUCUAUAUGAAAGAGGGCUGCAGAACAACGUCCCAGAUCUGAAGUUGAUUGGAGCAAAGGAAAUACAAGCAAAAGAGCCCUUCUGCAGGGGUCUGAUGGCCCUUGAUUCUCCAUAUACUGGCAUUGUGAAUUAUAGACAAGUGGCCAAGUCCUAUGCUGAAGACUUUCAGGAAGCUGGUGGGACAAUUUUGGCUGAUUUUGAAGUGACAAACAUGGAGAUGGCUAGAGAAGGUUCUUCAGAAAAUGAAGAUGGGCUGAAAUACCCAGUCAUUGUGAGGAAUUCUAAGGGUGAGGAAAUCUACUGUGGGCACAUUGUGACCUGUGCGGGACUCUACUCAGACCGCUUGUCUGAAAUAAGCGGCUGCAGCCCUGAGCCUCGUAUUGUGCCCUUCCGUGGAGAUUAUUUGGUGCUAAAGCCAGAAAAGUGCUAUAUGGUUAAAGGAAACAUUUACCCAGUUCCCAAUCCUCGGUUUCCUUUUCUGGGAUUUCAUUUCACACCAAGAAUGGAUGGCAGUGUUUGGCUUGGUCCUAAUGCAGUGCUAGCCUUUAAGCGAGAGGGCUACAAAUUGCUUGACUUCAGCACUACAGACUUUUUGGAUGCUGUUCUGUACAGCGGGUUAUGGAAGCUGGUACUGAGAAACUUCUCCUAUGGACUGAGUGAAAUGUACAGAGCAUGCUUCCUUAGUGCACAGGUGAAGCAGCUGCAGAGGUUCAUCCCUGAGGUCACUGUCAAUGAUAUCCUCAGGGGUCCAUCUGGAGUGAGAGCCCAAGCGUUGGACAGUGAUGGAAAUUUGGUAGAUGACUUUGUAUUUGAUGGAGGCACUGGAGACAUCGGAAGCAGAGUUCUUCAUGUUAGAAACGCCCCCUCUCCUGCUGCUACCUCCUCCCUUGCCAUUGCAAAAAUGAUUGCGGAUGAAGUGAAGCAAAGAUUUGAAUUGUGAAUGAUUGACAGGUUCAGUGGUGUUUUAUCCUUCGAAUAUGUGUAGGAGCUUGUCUGCACUGAAUGAAUUCUGAAGCCUGUAAUGACAAAGAUAAAACAGGCACCUUGUUGCUUGCAAGAUCAGCUGUGGUAUAGCUGUGUGUAAAACCAGUCAUUGCAAUUUUUGCCUUUGCAAGCUGACAAUUUAUCAGCUUCCUGAAUAAAGGAGUUAUGAUGCCUGAUAAGAUCUGGUGCUAUACCAACAUCUGCAAGAAACAAGCACAUGGCCAACUUGCAGUAAAGGUUGCCUCAUUCACUCAAGCAGGGAGAGUCUGCAGAGAGGCUGGUGCUGGGCUCUCAGCAAGGGUCCCAGGGCACUUGUGGGCCAUAGGUGGAGCACAAAGAGCUGCUGGGGUGGGUUGCCCAUGCUGACUGCCCAUGCAUCUUCCUUGUGCUCCAUAGAGACAGGCUGAUCUUCUGAAAAACAACAAGCAUGGGGAGGUUCUCUGUGUGCUUUCUCACUGUCUCUCUUUAAAUUGAUUUGGAGUGUUCCGUCCUUUUUAUUAAAAUAGUAGAGAUAGCAGGAUAAGCAGUGCUGAAGGGUUCUGCAAAUAUGGAAUUAAAGGGUUUAUCGUAGAUUGAAAACAAAAUUCAGAACCUUCUACAUCAAUGUAGAAUGUUUCAGAGAAAAAUAAGCCUAACAAGGGAUUACCAAAUCCAAGCCAAUUUAGAUAUGAUUCACAUAUGCAGUCUGUUUGAUCUGUCUCUGCUUUUGUACACAGCUGAAAUAAAAAUGUGUACGUAAACAGUCAUUUUUCAUCUAACCUAAAUCUGGGAAGUCAGCACUGAUCAGGAACUACUUUGAGUGGGUUUGUUUUUUUUUCCCUUUGAAUACUGAUAAUGUAGAAGGAGCUUAUCUUUGUAGAGCAUGUUGAGCAAUCCAGUGGAAAUGGUAUUUGUAAAGGCAAAUGUGAAGGGAGGGAAGCUACAGAAACCUGUCUCAAUUGAGUCAUGUUGCAUACUACUUCCUUUAGAGCCCGAAUAGCAAUGAGUCAGGAAGGUUUCCCAUUUCCCAGAUGUCUGGUAAAAGGGGAGCUUAGAACAUACUGGUUACUUUUGUGAACUCUUAUUUAUAUUUGAAGCAAUAUCAAGGGCACACCUGGAAAAGAAUCUGUAUGGAGAAUGUGCUUUGAAACAGAGAGCUGUUAAACAAAUUUGGUACUAAGCUAACUGAGCAUCUUGGUGUGUUCUGCAUAAUUGUUGUAGAAAAAGAAUUAUGUGGCCCCAGGGACAAAGUACUUCAGAAUACUUUUAAAGCAGAUGUUCACAGGAUGUUGGGUAACACAGAUAAUUGUGGGUAGUUUGCUACCAGGCAAUUUGCCAUAUUCUCUCUCUUUUUUUUUUUUUUUUUUUUUAAGUUACUUUCUGUACUUCUCUAACAUGCAUGAGAGAGCGUGUUAGCAUAGGAGGUCAGGUGUGCUGGCUGAUCUGUUUUCACUGUACAGAGCUGAGCUGCUUUUGAGACAGCAAGGGCUUAACUUAUCUAGGGUUUGGGACCCCCCCUGUUACCCCCCCCCCAGUGACAUCUACUUUACUGGAAAAGUGACUCCUAUAUAAAGGCAACCUGGAAAUUCAGAUAAUCAGUUCCCCAAAGAGAAACUUUGCACAUUUGCAGCCACAAUAAAACUAGAGGAAGGUUCAGAUGUUCCAAAUGCUAAAAUGUCAUACAGCUGUGUAAAAAUUGUAUCUUCACAAAGAAGCAACAGUAUCUUCACUCCUCUCCAGAAGUGUUGCCUAUCAACAGUAAAUACUACAAAAAGAUUGCAAAAGCAACUUCCUCCCACACAAGGUGUGGCGCUAACAUGUAUUAACAGAAUAAAGAGCAUUAAAAUGUAAA